UUUGGCGCAUUUUCGGCUGGUUUGAUUCAUCCAUUUUGAAGAGACGGGGGAGCGGGGGGCUCGUCUGAUUAAGGGGCCCUGAACCAAGGAGCGGCGGAGUUUGAGAAGCCAGCAGCUCGGGGUUCGGCGGCAGCAGCCCCAUCGGCCGAAGUUGGGGGGGGUGGGGCGCCGAGCGCGCGGGGUGGGGGGGGUCCUGGUCUUUGGCUUCUCGACUCGGUCCUGUUUCGACAGCGAACAUGUCUCGGCCUGUCAGAAAUAGGAAGGUCGUUGAUUAUUCACAGUUUCAGGAAUCUGAUGAUGCUGACGAAGAUUAUGGAAGAGAUUCAGGCCCUCCAACUAAGAAAAUUCGAUCUUCUCCCCGAGAAGCUAAAAAUAAGAGGCGAUCUGGAAAGAAUUCACAGGAAGAUAGUGAGGACUCAGAAGAAAAAGAUGUGAAGACCAAGAAGGAUGAUUCUCACUCAGCAGAGGACAGUGAAGAUGAAAAAGAAGAUCAUAAAAAUGUGCGCCAGCAACGGCAGGCAGCCUCUAAAGCAGCCUCUAAACAGAGGGAGAUGCUCAUGGAAGAUGUGGGCAGUGAAGAAGAACAAGAAGACGAGGAUGAGGCACCAUUCCAGGAGAAUUCCGGCAGUGAUGAGGAUUUCCUAAUGGAAGAUGAUGAUGAUAGUGACUAUGGCAGUUCAAAAAAGAAAAACAAAAAGAUGGUUAAGAAGUCCAAACCUGAGAGAAAAGAAAAGAAAAUGCCCAAACCCAGGCUAAAGGCCACAGUGACGCCAAGUCCUGUGAAAGGCAAAGGGAAAGUGGGUCGCCCCACCGCUUCAAAGGCAUCAAAAGAAAAGACUCCUUCUCCCAAAGAAGAAGAUGAGGAACCAGAAAGCCCUCCAGAAAAGAAAGCUUCUGCAAGCCCUCCGCCCGAGAAGUCUGGGGAUGAAGGGUCUGAAGAUGAAGCCCAGUCUGGGGAGGAUUAAAAGUGAUAAUGGUUUGGGGAGAGAUUUUAUUUAAAAAAAGAGAAAAAAAAAAGAAAAAAGAAAAAAAGAGGGAAAAAAAAGAAAACCUACUUAAGAUAGAAUAUGGUUUUGGCUAUGGCUUGACUCAUGGGCUUUCAAUGCUUUUUUCCUUUUGUUGAAAAUAACAUAUUCUCUCUCUCUCUUUUUUUUUUUUUUUUUUGUAAAGAAAACCAUUGUAUGUUUAAUUUACCCUUUUUGUCUAUUGGUCUUCUCUUUGUCACCGCCCCCACCAACCCACCCGCUUUCCCAAUGAAAGCCAUGUCAGAUGAAUCACUGGAUUGACUGCUUCAUCUUUUUAAUUUUGAUGGAAGGUAUACCACAGUUGUAAAGCAAUAAGAUUUGAGGUGAACACUAUGGAAAUUUUGCUUUUUUGCUAAAUGGUAGCAAGUUGAACAGUAAUCAAAAAACGUAGAGGGCUUUAGUUAAAAAUGAUUGCUUCUUUCUCUACCUGGACUUUUUAAAAAAAUUAAUUGUCCUCUAAUACAAGUUUAUAUAUCUAUAUACAAAAAUAUGGAUGUCUAAAAAAUCAUGACUAAGCUUCCACUGAUGGGGCAAGUAGGAGAUAAAGGUGAAUUCUGAAUUGUUACUAAAAGUAUUCAUAUUUUUUACCUUGGGGCAGGGUAGGGAAUUGGGUUACCUGACCUUGUUUGAGGGUGUGGGUUUUUUUUAAUUUCAUCAUUUGUUAUCUCUAAGAGACUCGGAGCCAGUGAUCCUUCUAUCCUGCUACAGUCUAAGGAACUUAAAAUGCAAGGGCCGCCAAAACUUAAAUCAUUUUUUAUUUCCUAUUUCAUUCUCUAAUGGUUCAUGUUUUAAAGUAUAUAUGUAUCUAUUCUGUUUCUUGGAUACAAUUUUACCAAGGAUCAAAAAAAAAAAAAACAAAAAAACCCUAGAACUUAAAUGGCGAGAUCUAUAUAUCACAGUGGAUUUCUUCUCAAACUGACAAUGUUUAGGUUUUAAGUAAAUAAAGUACCAGUUAAUGUGAAACUCAAUCACAAAGACUUGAGAUUUUUCCUUCAUGAAAACAGAAUUGAAAUUCUUCUGUGCCAUAAAUGUGCAUUUAGGUCCCGUGAGCCAUGCUGUUUUUAUUCGGGGGUAGAACGUUUUCUUUUCCAUACACCUGUCUCCCCAUAUCUUCAUGGAAAUACGGCAUGAAGUGCAUCUCUCGGCUUCCUGCUACUGGAAGGAUACGACUGCACGCCCCGCCCCCAGUGCCUGCCAGCUCUGCUCGAGGACGUGAGCUGUCCCGGCUCUACUCUCACUCCACAUCCUGUGCUCCAUGGGAGUGUGUUCAGUGCUGCUCUGACUCUAUUCAGUUAGCUUUUGUCUUUUUACUAGGGCCCCUGCUUACUGCUCCUGUUGCUUAAAACAAAAGUUUAAGGGGCUCUGUGGGGCUGGAGAAACCAUGCAUUCAGGAGGCCUGUGUGCAGUUGGUAACAGACUUUUACAUGCAUUAUGGAGGCAGGAGACAGAUCUGUAGUUUUGAUCCUCCACAUUCUGAUAACCAUGAGCUCAUGGGAGCAAGGUUUCGGGGUCUUAGUGCACUAAUAAGUUGAAAAAUUAGUGAAAUUUAACCUCUGCCUUUUUCUCUAGAUUUGCUUCUUCAAUGUUUACUUACGUGGUUUUCCUUCUAUCUUUUAAGUCACAACGUAUUUUUCUCUCAAACAACCUGGCUUUCUUGCAGAUAGUCAUAGAACAAAGGUUAUUUAAGGAAUAUUUUUACUCUGAUUUUUAAGACAUUGCAAGGAGUAUCCUUACUCUGUGAUUCCUUUUUUUUAAGAAAGCACCAGUGACAGAGAGUUGUUUCACUGUUACACUGUGUGUGUUAAAGAAUGAAUUUGGAGAUUUUAGUGCUUGGCCGAAAUGCAAAACUUAAACAUAGGUAGCAAUUGGAUUAUUAUCUUUCAUGAUGGUUAACUUUACAGUUGUGAACUUUGCAAUGGGAGUGUUAAAGAUGAUUCUACUUGCUUUCUGGGUUUGUUCAGGUAUUUUAACAAGGUUUGUGUUCACAUGUUAAAAAGCCUCUCAGUGUUUCCACCAUGCACUUCUCUUUUUAGGGGUUUAUAAAUUUAAGUCUUACAUUCCUAGUAACAUUUGCGCUUUCCUUAGAUUAUGUUUCGUGAAGACUGGGGGGAAGGGUCUUUUAAAACUAGCCGUGGUAUUUUAUGUAACACAAUCUCUAUAAUAUAUUAAUCUGCACUAACAUCUCUGUCAUAUACGCACAUCCUUUAGAGGUAAUCACGUCUUCUAGGUUACUUGUGUGCAUUUGGUUGCGCUUUUUCUUUGGGGAUCCCUUUUUAAAAGAUUAACUCAUGAGACUGAAAAAUGUAUUAUAUAUAUUUCUAAUAGACUGGACAAAAGGAUCUGUGUCCCCAAGAGAGACAGGCUCUGAAUGAAAUGAAGUGUUUUCUCCACUUCUUACUGAUGAUCUCAAACACCCUGGCCUUCCCUUCAAAUCAUGCAUGCAAGUAGGACAGCUGUGGUGUCUCAACUGGAAACAGGUGCUCAACAGUCAGGCUUGGUCAUGGUACCAGGACAGGUUGCAAGGCAUAAGCUGAUGGGGACUGGCCGUUGGCAGCGCCCUUGACUAAACGCCCCCCUUUUCUCUAGUGUGCCUGUGGUGAAAUGGCGAUAGCGUUCACUGUCUUGUUUGCAGUGCUCAGGAAGGGGGCCGUUCACUCGGAAAGUGCUUGUUUGUGUUAUCUCAGUUCUCCAAUGUUGGCCUCGUUAGGUUUACCUCUGGGAUGUGGAUUUCGGCAGCUUUGCUGACUGACACUACAUUCUGGUUCUUUCUUUCAGACUUCCCUCCCCAACACAUGCACGCAUGCACGCACGCACGCACACACGCAUAGCUGGAAAUGGGUAGCUUCCAUCUUAUGAAAUCUAUUUGUAGCUCGCUGCUUGCUGCUAGCCUUCCCCACCUCAGGUCGGAAUCAGUGGAGUGGGCCCAAAGGAGACAUGUUCCUUUCAGUAACGGUAGAUUUGUCCUGCUUUCUACAACAUCUCCCUUUCAUAUCUCCACUUCCUGUUGAGUCCAUGAAGGAAAAUUAAUGGGUGUGUCCUCGUUUAGGGAGGUCAUGAGUGGAAAUCUUUGAACCUGGAAGAACAGGAGUUGAUUUCCCUUGAUAGAUUUAAUACUUUUUUUUUUCUUUUCUCCACAAUACCUGGUUUGCUCCAGAUUCAACCCUCAGUUCAAUACUUAAUUUUGGUUCUGGUUCAAAUAGUAUUUUCUUAUAUGUAACUAAUCAAGGGUGGAAUUUGAGGUUACAAUCCAGUAAAAUUUUUGACAUUCUUAAGGAUAUGAUCAACUAAACUGAACUUGACACUGUUUUUUUUUACAUUAAUUUUGUUUUGUUUUUUAAUCCAUGAACAUUCAAGGAACAAAUGGAUUUUCGAGUACUGGUUGGGGAAAGAGCAGUGCUUUUCUUAAAAAAAAAAAAAAAAGUUAAGGGUGUUAGAAAGGCAGGAGCAGAAUUUAAUAGCAGGAGCAACAGGAAAGGCUUUAUAAAAGACCGUGUGGCCACUGUGGCUGUUCUACAGAAAGGAAGUUUUGAUCUGAACAGUCCUUUCUGUGCCUACAUCACCAGUAGCUGCACUGAGAAUAAACUAUCACCUUAGGAGUUUGGAAAGGAAGAAACCUGGCCUGUUCUUAAGGGCCUUCAGACAGAUACUUAAACAGAACGAGUAACAUACAUUCCUGUCAAGGAAUGAGGAAACUGGAACAAGCUGGCUGCUCUUCAGGUUAGAGAGCUGUCCUUUUCUCUGUACCCGGAGCUGAGUUUAUUUGAAAAGGGAGUUAGUUUCUUUGAAUAUUGGGACGUCAAGCUAGUUAUAGCCGAAUUUCAGUGUGCAACCCAUUUCCUCUUUUUCUUGAGAUAAGCUUGAUACAAAAAUCACUCUAAAUCCUAAAUCUCUAAAUUACACUUUUUUUCGAGCCUACUUCACAAAAUUCACAGUGGUGCUGACUGUGUAUUAACCACUAUUGGGAAAAGUCCUGUAAACCUGCCUGUUGCCAUGCCCAUGGAGCGGUGGAACUGGUGACAUCUGUUUGAGCAUGCUUUGUGUGGCUGGUGGAGUGCCGCCGUCGUGCAUACACUUUGUACAUCAGGGGUGAAGGGAGGGUUUUCUAGAUUAUGGGAGGGUGGGUAAAAUUGGGAUUUUUUUUUGUUGUUGUUCCUUUUUUGAUGGGGUGUAGGGGUGUAGUACUCAGCUUAUGCCCUAAAUAACUUGUAUAAAAACCCCUGAAGUAUUGUGUGGGUGUGUGUGUGAGUGUGUGUUUGUUAUAUGUCUGGCAAUUAAACCUUUGUCUUCUGGAAAUUAGUGAAUUCUUUUCUUUUUUUCCUCCAGAAGUAUUUGUUACAAGAUUUGUAAAUAAGAGCUCUACUUGGUUUGUUUACCAUGAACAUGUUGCAGCAAACCUUAGACAACUAAUUCCUGCAAGAUUGAAGGAAAGACUUUAAGAUUUGCCAGGUUAAGCAGCAGCCAAGUUCUCAGUAAUUGUUUGCCUUGAUUCAUCUUUCAGACUUCAUUUUGCCAGCUCUAAAAUUCCCCAUCUUCCUUAAUUUUAGUCCUUAAUCUUUUACGUUCUGAGCAGGAAAAGUAAAAGAGAAGAACCUGCUUAAAUAUAUUUAAUUGUCCAUGGACUGAAACCCGGGCAUCCCUUAAUACUACAAUGUUGCUAGAUAUACGUGAUCAGACACCAGAGGGUUGGGCAUUCUUGCAAUACCUUAACAGUGCUGAAAUCUGCAGCAUGGUACUAAGGAAGUUAAAGUUUGAAUGUAACCACUUUAUUUAAAAGUUUUUUUUUUAAUUUAAAUGAAAUGGGGUUGAAGUGAACAUGAUUUUGUUGACCAUGUUCGUGAAUUAUAGACUCAACAUGCAUUGGUAGACUUGUGUGAUGGUCUUUUGUGAUACUUAAUUUCUACAUAUCCCAGUCUCUGUAUGGAUCUGCAUAGACAAAGAAAAAACAAACUCCUGCUUUCUUUUAUUGAAGGGUUUCCAGGACUGCGUGUCUGUUCCUGAGCUCUGUUUUAAGUAUGUGUAUCCUUUGCUUGUAUUUUGUAUUAAAAAAUAAGAAAAAGAAUCCUUUAUUGUUGAGCAUGUUGGCAUUGUCCCCUUUAUUUUUUUUUCUCUUUUGGGGACAUAUGAAGCAAGUUAUUCUUUUUCUGUAUCUUUUUUUCUUUUGUAAACUUUUUUUGUUUUGUUUUGUUUAAAAAUGGCUUUAUAAAAGGGCUUUUGUAACCCA